UCACCACAUUGAGCGUCCCGUUCCCUCAGUUUCCUAUACAGGAAGGAGUCCUCCCGAGGUCGCCAUCUUGGGCGUGCCACUCACGCUCAAGAUGGCGUUGACGGCCAGCGUGAGGAGGCCUUUAUAGCCGGCCGUCUCCUUAGCGACGCCCGGAAAAGGCCUUUGGCUGUGGGAAAGCGGCCAAAAGCGCGCGCGGCCUGGAAGGAAAAGAGCGUCGUGAGAGCAGCCGCCAGCAACUUCUCGCCAUGAAGAAGAUGGACGGGGCCGGGAUUUGCCUCGGCUUGCUCUGCUUGUCGCUUGCAUCGCCAGCCCUUUGCGGAACCGCAACUCUCUCCGUCCCUGAACACGUUUCCUUAGAAAACGGCACUUCGAAGGACAUCACCGUGACUUUAAGUGCUCUGCUCAACGAGACGCUGGGCAUCGGGUUCAACGUGACGUAUUCUUCCAAGGAGAACCUCACCGUCGUCGAGCUGCCGGUGGAAGUGGUUGUCGCGGCCGGCCUGCGGACAGUGCAGUUCCGGGCGAGGGCCAGAAACGUGGGCCAGGUGACCGUCUACCUCCAGAGCAAUGCCUCCAACCAGACCGGGCCCAGGAUCCGCUUCCUCGUCCUGCACAGCGAGGCCGUCAGGAUCGUGGACCAGGUGAUCGGGUGGAUCUACUUCCUGGCCUGGUCCGUCUCCUUCUACCCGCAGGUGUUUGAGAACUGGAAGCGGAAGAGCGUGGUGGGUCUCAGCUUCGACUUCAUCGCCUUGAACCUGACCGGCUUCAUCGCCUACAGCGUCUUCAACGUGGGGCUCUUCUGGAUCCGCCCCGUGAAGGAGCAGUUCCUGAGCCGCUACCCCAACGGCGUGAACCCCGUGGACGCCAACGACGUCUUCUUCAGCCUCCACGCCGUGGCCGUCACCCUGCUCACCAUCCUGCAGUGCCUCCUCUACGAGAAAGGGGAGCAAAGGGUCUCCCCGCUCGCCCUCGGCCUGCUGCUCGCCGGAUGGAUGUUCGUCUUCGCCACGUUGUCGGCGGCGGCCGCGGGGGCCCUGACCUGGCUCCAGUUCCUCUUCUUCUUCUCCUACAUCAAGCUGGCCGUCACGCUCCUCAAAUACUUCCCGCAGGCCUACCUGAACUUCCGCCGGAAGAGCACCCAGGGCUGGAGCAUCGGCAACGUCUUGCUGGACUUUGUGGGCGGCGCCUUCAGCCUGAUGCAGAUGUUCCUCCAGUCCUACAACAACGACGCCUGGAAACUAAUCUUCGGCGACCCCACCAAGUUCGGGCUCGGUUUCUUCUCCAUCCUCUUCGACAUAGUCUUCAUCGUCCAGCAUUACGGCUUGUAUCGGAACAGGGAGUAUCACAACCUCGACUAAAUUUCUCCCCGUUCAAAAAAGGACGUCUUUGACGUGGUUUGGCAGCAGAAAAAGGGACUUGCGGAAGUUGCGGAAAGACGGCGGAAUCACCUUCAAGUGCCUUAUUCUCGAGAGGCGGACGGAAAGCCCGACUUCUUUCCGGGGAUUUCUGACCCAGUUUUGGGCCGGGUCGGAACCACGUCCUGCCACAAAAGCGUCGAACGGAGCUUCUUUGUCGUCUGCGCGGAACGGCGCAGAACUCCGGAGUCGAGUGUCUUUGUGCGCGGAAUUAAAAUCUUUCUACGAAAAAAGCAGAGUCUUUUUUUGG